AUGAGCGCUUCGAGGUUCAUCAAGUGCGUCACUGUUGGAGAUGGAGCUGUGGGCAAAACUUGUUUGCUAAUCUCCUAUACCAGCAAUACCUUCCCUACUGUCAGUUUUUUCUUUCUUUCUUCUUUUCAUCGUCUUUAUGUAUUGGAUUAUGUGCCAACAGUUUUCGACAAUUUCAGCGCAAAUGUGGUUGUGAAUGGAGCCACUGUGAAUCUGGGAUUGUGGGACACUGCUGGACAAGAGGAUUAUAACAGAUUACGACCGUUGAGUUAUCGUGGUGCUGAUGUCUUCAUAUUGGCCUUCUCUCUCAUAAGCAAGGCCAGUUAUGAAAAUGUCUCCAAGAAGUGGAUUCCAGAGUUAAAACAUUAUGCACCUGGUGUUCCCAUUAUUCUGGUUGGCACAAAGCUUGAUCUUCGAGAUGAUAAGCAGUUCUUCGUAGACCAUCCUGGUGCUGUACCCAUUACCAAUGCUCAGGGGGAAGAACUUAGGAAGCUGAUUAAUGCACCUGCUUACAUUGAAUGCAGUUCAAAAUCACAAGAGAAUGUGAAAGCAGUGUUUGAUGCAGCCAUAAGAGUUGUGCUUCAACCACCAAAGCAAAAGAAAAAGAAGGCUAAAGGUCAAAAAGCCUGUUCAAUAUUGUGA